UCACUGGACUGUGGUGUCCAUGCUGGGGGGGAUUGUGUGGGAUGCCCAGGCAUGGUCUGUGCCCUGGGGUCACGCUCCCCCCAGGAAUUGCCCCCACAAUUUGCAGGAGGAAGAUGCUCCCAGACGCGGCAAACUGCAGCGGCGGCAGAGCUUUGUCAUGGUCAAGGGGGCUGCGCUGCUGCUGCCUGCAGAGGAGCCCCCCCAGGACGAGCCUCCCCCGGCUGAGACCCCCCUGGAUGAGUCUCCCGAAGAUGAGCCCCCUGGCCAGGCCCCGGGGCAGCAGGAGAAGCACCUACACCUCAUGAUGCAGUUGCUGCGCCCCCAGGAUGCCAUCCGGCUGGCGGUGCGGCUGGAGUCGGCGCGGCCACGGCGCGUGCGGUACCUGCUGGUGGUGCGGCCGGAGGAGGCGGGAGCCGAGGGCCAGACGGCGCUGCUGGGAGUGGAUUUCGCCCACGAGGGGGCCGCCCGCUGCACCCUGGGCAUGGUGCUGCCCCUCUGGAGCGAUACCCAGGUGUUCCUCGAUGGCGAUGGGGGGUUCAGCGUGACGUCGGGGGGACAGACCCGCAUCUUCAAGCCCAUCUCGGUGCAGACCAUGUGGGCCAUGCUGCAGGAGCUGCACCGCGCCUGCGAGGACGCUGCCCGUGGUGGGCACAUCCCGGGGGGCCCCACGCUGGCCUGGGCCCACGACUAUGCAGCAGCGUUGAGCUCAGAGCAGAGCUGCCUCAACGAGUGGCUGGCUAUGGCUGACCUCGAGUCCGUGCGCCCUGCAUCGCCCCCGCCCCUGCGGCCAGCUGCGACAGAGCUGUCAGAGCAGGCGGUGCGGGCACUGCUGCGGGACGUGAUGGCCACUGCUGACCUGGAGAACGUCACCUCCAAGGAGGUGCGGGAGGAGCUGGAGCGGCGCACAGGGCACAGCCUGGCCCAGCACAAGGACUUCAUUGACAACGAGAUGCUUCUGGUGCUGGCACAGAUGGACCGGCCCUCACGCAUCUUCCCACACCUCUACCUGGGUUCCGAGUGGAACGCGGCCAACCUGGAGGAGCUGCAGCAGAACAAGGUCACUCACAUCCUGAACGUGGCACGGGAGAUUGACAACUUCUUCCCGGCGCUGUUCACGUACAUGAAUGUGCGGGUGUAUGAUGAGGAAGUGGCCCAGCUCCUGCCCCACUGGAAUGACACCUUUCUCUUCCUCUCCCGCGUCCGGGCGUCAGGGGGUCGGGCACUGGUGCACUGCCGCAUGGGGCUGAGCCGCUCGGCCGCCACGGUGCUGGCCUACGCCAUGAAGGAGUUCGGGUGGCCCCUGGAGCGGGCGCUGCGGCAUGUCCGGCACUGCCGGCCCAGCGUCCUGCCCAACCCGGGCUUCAUGCGGCAGCUCGACUUCUACCAGGGCAUCCUGAGCGCCAGCCGGCACAGCAGCCUGUGGGAGCCCCGAGCGGCCGAGCGGGCGCCACACCCCGAGGAAGAGUCCCCGAGGGACACGGGUGUCCCGUCCCCGCUGUCCCCGCUGCCGUCCCCGCUGCCCUCCCCGCAGCCCCCCGAGGAGGAGGCGGCCGGGAGGGCGGUGCUGGGGGCCUCCCGGCGCCCCCGCAUCUCCCUCUGCGCCGUCAUGCGGAGCAUCAGCCUGCUGGAGACCCCUGAGCCCCCUGAGCUGCCGGGGGAGCCCCUGGCUGGGGAGGUGUUCGAGGCCGUGGAGCAACCGGGGGGUCCCUUCCGGGGGUCGCGGCCCUCGUCGCGCCCCCGCGGGGUGGUACGGCAGCACAGCCUGGACGGCGGCUCCGGCCCCUUCUGCGACCACACGGAUGACCCCACCCCAAGCGCUGAUCCCGCCCCCUAAUUUUAGGGGCCACGGGGCAGAGCCCCCGCUGCCAGGGCACCGUGGGGAAGGGCCACAAGCCCCCUUCCCCACCUCACCUGCACUUUGGGGGGCAGAGGUGUCUACACCUCAGCGCGCCCCUCCCCCCUUCCCCCGAGCACAGAACCCCAUCACUGCGCCCGCACUGACAAUAAAAGCGUGGAAGAGGCAGCGACAGUGGGGAAAUGGAAAUUUGUGACAGCGGGGGGACAGGUGUUGCUCCCCCGGAGCGCUCGGAGCGUUGCCU